UUCUUUCCUUCUUUCACCAAGCUUCCAUGCAUCCGGGCGAGCCGCCCAACUUGAUCGGAGUCAAGUGGCCGAGUCGCCGCUAUAAAUUUCGGCAGCCACCAAAACAUAGCCGCCAUGCGCCGCGUCCACAGCUCGAUCGCUAGCCCUACUCGCUAGCUAGAUCGGCGGCCAUGGUGAACGGCUACUUGUUCCGGGAGUACAUCGGCGCGCAGUUCACCGGCGUGCGCUUCUCCGACGUGCCCGUCAACCCGGGCCUCAGCUUCCACUUCAUCCUCGCCUUCGCCAUCGACUACUUCAUGGCGACGCAGUCCUCCAAGCCGGCGCCAGCCAACGGCGUGUUCGCCCCGUACUGGGACACGGCCAACCUGUCCCCGGCCGCCGUCGCCGCGGCCAAGGCGGCGCACCCCAACCUCAGCGUCAUCCUCGCCCUCGGCGGCGACACCGUCCAGAACACCGGCGUCAACGCCACGUUCGCGCCGACGUCGUCCGUCGACGCGUGGGUGCGCAACGCCGCCGACUCCGUCUCCGGCCUCAUCGACGCCUACGGCCUCGACGGCGUCGACGUCGACUACGAGCACUUCGCCGCCGGCGUGGACACGUUCGUGGAGUGCAUCGGUCGCCUCCUCACCGAGCUCAAGGCGCGGCACCCGAACAUCGCCACCUCCAUCGCGCCGUUCGAGCACCCCGUGGUGCAGCGCUACUACCAGCCGCUGUGGCGGCGCUACGCCGGCGUGAUCGACUACGUCAACUUCCAGUUCUACGGCUACGGCGCCAACACCGACGUGGCGACGUACGUGAUGUUCUACGACGAGCAGGCGGCGAACUACCCCGGCAGCAAGCUGCUCGCCAGCUUCAAGACCGGGAACGUCACCGGGCUGCUCUCGCCGGAGCAGGGGAUCGCCGGCGCGAAGGAGUUGCAGCGGCAGGGGAAGCUGCCGGGGUUGUUCAUCUGGUCAGCGGAUAGCUCCAUGGUCAGCAGCUACAAGUUUGAGUACGAGACCAAGGCUCAGGAGAUCGUCGCCAACCACUGAUCGUCCAUCGAACGGUCGUGAUAAUACUUAUGAAAUAAGAGCAAAUAAAUUGCGAAAUAAUGGUCGUAUUAUAUAUCGAGCGUCAUUAUGCACGACUUACGUGCUAAAUAAGAAAUGGACUUAUGUGCCGAUUGGUAAUCGGCGAUAUAUGGAUGUCAGAUUUUCAAACCGGCACCUAGUAAACGGUGUCGGUUUAGAAACAGGUACCUUUAUAAGAUUCCUAGGAUGAAAAAAAAGGAGGCUCGUUGCAUCGGUUCA